AUGCAUCACCUCCCUCUGCUGCUCCUACUCUGGGUCAUGGGCUCUUGGAGCUUCCCGACUUCUUUGACAGAUCCAAAAGAACAAGACAUGAAGAUGGUUCAGACAUAUCUGGAAAGCUAUUAUAGACUAGAGAAUGACGGGCACAAAAUUGCAAAACAGAGAGACCAUAGCCCUGUGGUUGAGAAACUGAAACAAAUGCAAAAAUUCUUUGGGCUAAAAGUGACUGGAAAGCCGGAUGCUGAGACCCUCAAAGUGAUGAGGCAACCCAGAUGUGGGGUGCCUGAUGUGGCCCCACUUUCAAUCACUUCCAGAAUCUUCCGCUGGGAGCACACAAGCCUGACAUACAGGAUUGAAACUUACACCAAGGAUAUGCACCCAGCCGAAGUGGACCGGGCCAUUGAGAAAGCCUUUAAUCUUUGGAGUCAAGUCACUCCCCUGACCUUCACCAAGGUCUUUGAGGGUCAAGCGGACAUAAUGAUCUCCUUUGUCUAUGGAGAUCACUAUGAUAACUCUCCAUUUGAUGGCCCUGGAAACACUCUGGCCCAUGCUUUUCCGCCAGGUUCAGGCCUGGGAGGAGAUGUUCAUUUUGAUGAAGAUGAAACUUGGACCAACAAUUUAAAAGAAUACAACUUGUAUCGUGUCGCAGCUCAUGAGUUGGGUCAUUCCCUUGGACUCUCUCAUUCUAUGGAUAUUGGGGCUUUGAUGUACCCCUCAUAUUUCUACAGUGGAGAAGUGCAAUUCUCUCAGAGUGACAUACAAGACAUCCAGGCCUUAUACGGACCCUCUAAAAAUCCUUUCCAGCCAGAAGCCCCCAAAACCCCAGAACCAUGUGACAGUAAGCUUACCUUUGACGCUAUCACUACACUUCGGGGAGAAAUUAUAUUCUUCAAAGAUCGGUUCUACCUACGAGUAAUUCGAAACUACCCAGUAGAGCUCCAGCACAUUUCAGAUUUAUGGCCAGCACUUCCAAAUAAACUUCAAGCUGCUUAUGAAGUUACCAACAAGGACGAAGUUCGGUUUUUCAAAGGUAACAAAUACUGGGCUUUUCAGGGGCAUGAUAUGCUACCUGGAUACCCCAAGGACAUCUAUGUUUUGGGCUUCCCAAGAACUGUGAAGAGUAUUGAUGCUGCUGUUUAUGAGGAAACGACUUCCAAAACUUACUUUUUUGUUGAUAACAAGUACUGGAGGUAUGAUGAAACUAAGGAGUCCAUGGAUAAGGGUUAUCCCAAACUUAUCCAAGAUGGCUUUCCUGGAAUUGGCAACAAAGUAGAUGCUGUUUUUAGUGAUGAUAAUUUUUUCUAUUUCUUUCAUGGAACAAGGCAAUAUGAAUUUGAUCCUAAAACCAAGAGUAUUUUGAGACUCAGGAAAACUAAUAGCUGGUUCAACUGCAGAAAAAAAUACUGA